GCCCGUUAUGCGCUUGCGCGUCAGGGACGGGAAGCCGGAAGGGACAGAAAAGUGUCAGUUCGCUAUGGGCCUGUUCGGGAAGAGCCAGGAGAAGCCUCCCAAAGAGCUGGUCAAUGAGUGGUCCCUGAAGAUAAGAAAAGAAAUGAGAGUGAUUGACAGGCAGAUAAGAGAUAUCCAGAGAGAGGAAGAAAAAGUGAAGCGAUCGGUGAAAGAUGCGGCCAAAAAGGGCCAGAAGGAUGUAUGCGUGGUCCUGGCGAAGGAGAUGAUCCGGUCCCGAAAGGCAGUGAGCAAACUGUACGCAUCGAAAGCCCACAUGAACUCCGUUCUCAUGGGGAUGAAGAACCAGCUCGCUGUUCUCCGAGUGGCCGGUUCCUUACAGAAGAGUACGGAGGUGAUGAAAGCCAUGCAGAGUCUAGUGAAGAUCCCGGAAAUCCAGGCCACCAUGCGAGAACUGUCCAAAGAGAUGAUGAAGGCUGGGAUUAUAGAGGAGAUGUUGGAGGACACAUUCGAAAGCAUGGAGGACCAAGACGAAAUGGAAGAGGAAGCCGAAAUGGAGAUUGAUAAAAUACUCUUUGAGAUCACAGCAGGGGCUCUGGGCAAAGCACCGAGUAAAGUCACUGAUGCCCUUCCGGAACCAGAACUCGCAGGGGCAACGGCUGCUUCGGAGGAAGAGGAGGAAGAGGAUGACAUAGAGGCGAUGCAGUCGCGAUUAGCUACUCUCCGCAGUUAGGUGGGUGCCCUUUGGGAACUGUCGGGUUCUCUCGGUCGUGCUGUUGGGAUGGAUGAGUGUCUUGACUCUAAAAUGUAAAGCUUUUUAUGAAUCUCAUGUAAUAUACUUUUUUUCCCCCGUCGGUAUCGUCUUAGAAGAUAUUUCUACCGUUUUCUGUUAACUCACUCCAGGGGUAAUAGGGCCGUCAUAUGAACGAAAGAGGGUAUAUAUGAUGAAGCGGAGAUGGUGCAAUGUCGAAUGUAUAAUUUUCCAAUAUAAAAGGGUAUCUUGUUUAAAAAAAUAUAAAAAAAUUCCUCUACAGAAAGUAGCGUCUUCCCACCAAGCCCUCAUCAGUGUAGAGGCAACCACCAAAAAUAACUUGAACGUUAAGUAUUCUGAAUGUUUUUCUGAAAAACACUAUAAAUGGAUUUUAAUAAAUUUUUUGCUUUAA